CUUUUAUUUCUUUUUCUUCAGCCUUCAACACCACAAUUAUCUCCCCAAGAGGAGCAGGAGAAGCUGCUUGAAGAGGCAAAUAACAUCGUCAAAAAUCAAUCGUUCCAGAUGAAAAGAUGUUUGGACAAAGGGAAGUUGAUGGACGGUCUUAAGCAUGCAUCCACCAUGCUUGGAGAGCUGAGGACAUCUAUGCUGUCCCCAAAGAGCUACUAUGAACUUUAUAUGGCAAUUUCUGAUGAAUUACGUCACCUGGAAUUGUAUUUAGUGGACGAAUUUCAGAAAGGACGCAAGGUCGCUGAUUUGUAUGAACUGGUACAAUAUGCAGGCAACAUUGUCCCAAGAUUGUACCUGUUGAUAACAGUGGGUGUCGUAUAUAUCAAAUCUAACGAGCUGUCACGUAAGGAUAUCCUUAAGGACCUUGUGGAGAUGUGUCGGGGUGUACAGCACCCCCUGCGGGGCCUCUUCCUCAGGAACUACCUUCUCCAGUGUACCAAGAAUGUCCUUCCUGAUACUGAGGAGGACACAUCAAGUGGUGAUUAUGAAGCUGGUACUGUAGUCGACUCCAUAGACUUUAUCCUGUUGAACUUUUCUGAGAUGAACAAGCUGUGGGUGCGUAUGCAGCAUCAGGGCCACUCACGGGAUCGUGUGAAGCGUGAACAGGAGCGACGGGAACUAAGGAUCUUAGUUGGCACAAAUCUUGUCCGUCUAAGUCAACUAGAGUGCAUCGAUAUUGAGAAGUAUAAAAAGUUGGUAUUACCAGGGAUUUUGGAACAGACAGUAAGCUGUCGAGAUCCUAUAGCUCAGGAGUAUCUGAUGGAGUGCAUCAUACAGGUGUUCCCCGACGACUUCCAUCUACAGACACUCAGCUCCUUCCUCAGAGCAUGUGCAGAACUCCACGAAAGUGUCAAUGUAAAGAAUAUCAUUAUUGCUCUUAUUGACAGGUUGGCCCAGUUUUCCCAGAAUGAGGAGGGCCAGGGAAUCCCUCAGGACAUCCAACUGUUUGACAUCUUCUCACAGCAAGUCUCACAAGUCAUACAGGUAGGUAACUUCUCAUAUCUAUUACAG